CCCUCGUCCCCUCUCUCGCCGCCGCACCCAAACCCUAACUCCACUCCUCUCCCCUCUCUCUCCCGAUUCAGAUGCACUCCUCGCAGCCGCCACCCCAAUUUAGCCGAUCCCACAGCCAGCGCCCGCACGCCACCACCCGCUCCUCCUCGCCUUCCAGAUCGCGCCGCCACCUCCCUCCCCACCCCCUCCUAGAUCUCUCCCUCGGUGAGCCACCGGCGAGCCUCUCUACUGCCCGCGCACACACAACCUCGGCUCCUGCUGCUCUCCAUCGACCCCGAUGCUCCUGCUCCAGUCGGCAUCUGGCGGAGCAUCGCCACUCCGACCCCCUCCCUUCCCCACCCGCUCCUCUCGAUCCCGUCCCCUUCCUCCCUGUCGUCUUCUCCUUACGACGCCCCACCCUCCACCAGGCCCUCCGCCAGCCCGAGCCCCUCGCUCCCUUCUCCACCAGGCCCUCCACCUUCGCUCGACUUGACCAUGUCGUCGUGGGGGAUGGGGUAGUUGGGCUCAUGGCCAAGCUCGACAAGGUGGAGCUCGUGCGCGCCCACGACGAUCCUGAGCGCAACGCCGGCUUCUGCUUCCUCUACUACGCGGACACCGAGGCCGCGGUGGAGCGCGCGGCGUAGGUCGACGGCGUAGGUCGCGGGCGUGGCGGAGCCCAUCCAUCCACCCAUCUUCCCCAAAGUUUCCUUCGACAAGUAGCAGCAGCGGAAGGCCAUGGCGACGAACGUGCAGAUGGGCGGCGGCUCUCGCUCAUCAACAACACCUUCUACUCCAACAAGGAGAUCUUCCUCCGCGAGCUCAUCUCCAACUCGUCAGAUGCGCUUGACAAGAUCCGGCUCCAGAGCCUGACGGACAAGAGCAAGCUCGACGCCAGCCGGAGCUCUUCAUCCGCCUCAUCCCCGAUAAGCCCAACAAGACGCUCUCCAUCAUCGACAGGGCGUCGGCAUGACAAAAUCAGGAACGUCACUGGAUUCUGGAAUCUGACCGAGAUCCCGCCGGAGCUCUUCAACUCGAUGGAGUUGGUCUCUCUGUGAGUCAUGGCAUUGGUGUCUAUUGCUGUGCAAACUGCUUACACUAGGCAAUGCGAGAAUUAAACAACCUAGUAGAGGACAAUGAGAUCAAUGUGCCUAACAAUAACCAGCAGUUCAUCAGCAUCCUGACUGGCCAUGUUAACUCCGCGUCCUACUUCUCGAUGGACGCUGCAUCCUUCCCCAGCAGGCUGCCAAUGGCUGCGUGCCUGCGCCCUGCUGCUUCUGCGCCGGUGCCGGCCACCACGCCCAAUCGCCACGGCCAGCGGCAGCAGUCUCCUCGGCGGACGGCAGUGUGCAAGUGUGCACCCUGGCACUGGGGACUAGAGACGUGCAACAUAGAAGGCCAGCAGCUAAGAGCUGAGCAGCUAUACACAGAGCCGGAGGUGUCGGAGCAACAGCGAGCAACGGACCUUUUCUCGCAGAAGGUGCAGAGGUCGUCGUUCAGCACGUCGGACAAAGUAAUGUCAUCUUACAAAUUCUUACAAAAGUUUCAUACCUACAAGACACAAACAGAAUGAAUUGAUAUUUGUAUAUGCCAUGGAAUUUUGAGCAGGUUCUUCAGCUGUCGGACGAGGUGGAGGCACGCUUCCUGUAGCACUUCGCGGGUAAAGACUCGAGGUGCAGGUGACAUCUAUUAUUCUCACUUAGGCGAAUCUGAAAUUUUGUGAGAAUGCAACCUUUUGGGAAUUCUGGACUUCUCUUUUGCGCUAAUACAAUGAUAUUAGAUGUCUGUUGGUUGCUAUAUAUGGGUAAGACGAAUUGAAUUGAGUCCUGAUGUUUUCUUUUUGAUGUACGCACACAAAUGAUUGUCAUUCAUGAACAGGAAGCAACCAUACUAGUUCCUACCUGUGUUCCAGAUAUUGUUGUACGUAUUAUUUACUGUUGUACAUAUACACAACCUAUUGUUGACGUAUCACUUCGAGAGAUAUUAUGUGCUCUCAGACUAUCAUUGCAUUGCGUGCUGUUCCUGCAUACCUGUAUCUCAAGCAUUGCACAUUUGUGUUUGUUUAGGCGGACAACUACCCGUAUAAUAUGCAAACAACAACAAAGCUAGUGAUGCUAUGCUAAGAUUAAUGUGUACUUGUCAAACUCAAGAUUACGCCUGUUAAAAGUUUGAAAUGUCUUUUAAAAAAAUAAAUUGAAAGAGUCCUUCUAGCUUGUGUAGGUGUCUUGCGAUCCUGUUCUAAUUAAUGUAUACAGUGCAAGCUCUUGUUUUUGUCUAAAUGCAUGCACAUAAGUUCAAUUACCUUCUGAAAAAUACUUGAUGCACUUUUUUUUCGUUUCUCAAAUACAAAAUAGCUUGCUCCUUCUAGUUGUGGCAUCCCCAUUUUUAAUCUUUAUGAUGUUGUCCUCACUAGUAUUCACUAUUAACUAUGCCUCGUUUUGAUUGUUCUAUUGUUAUUUAUGCCAAAAGGUUAACAUGUUGGAAUUUAUUUUGUUCUUGAC